AUGUCGAGCUCUCCUCCACCUUCUUCAAAGCCACCCCCGAUUUCCGACCCCGACGGCAAAUUAGACUCCGCAACGACGUUGUCCGUGUCCUCUCCAACUCAACCCUCUCCCUCCAGAGCUAAGCUCCUCAAAAUCCCCCCCAUCCCGAUUCGACGAAGCCCCAGACACACGAUCCACGAAGACGAAGAAUUUGAAGAAUUCGACGACGACGACGACGACGACGAUGACGACGACGAAGAGUAUGAGGACCAGGUUCGUACGGAACGUAAAACAGAUGAUGCGCCUAUCGUGUUGGCAUCGUCGCUCGGCCUCAAUCACAUUCGGACUCGAUCGGCUCCGUCGCCGCUUCGAUUCUCUUCGUCGGUCUGCGCGCCUUCGAAUUUCGGUGACGAAUCGAAUAAGGUCAAGUACACGGUCAAGCCAAAACCCAAAUUUACGCCCAUACAACCAGUGAAACCUGUGCACUGGAAUCAAUCAAAAUCGCUCAGAAAUCCUUCACUACUCAAUCCAGUCUCGGAGGGUAACCAUGCAGCCUUUUCAAAGGAAAUGCAGUCGCCGCGUUUUCAGGCAAUACUGCGUGUUACGAGUGGGCGAAAGAAGAGAACACCUGACAUUAAAAGUUUCUCUCAUGAGCUCAACUCUAAAGGAGUUCGACCAUUUCCCGUGUGGAAGUCUCGCGCAUUUGGCCAUAUGGAGGAGAUUAUGGUGGCGGUCAGGGCAAGAUUUGAGACGUUAAAGGAAGAUGUUGACUUUGAUUUAGGUGCAUUUGCUGGUGAUUUGGUGGGAAUACUUGAAAAGUCUUCGGAGUCUCACCCUGAAUGGAAAGAGAAUUUUGAGGAUUUGUUGGUUGUUGCCCGGCGGUGUGCAAAGAUGUCGCCUGGUGAAUUUUGGGUGAAGUGCGAAGCCAUUGUUCAGAAAUUGGAUGACCGGCGUCAAGAGCUACCAAUGGGGGCCCUCAAACAAGCCCACACCCGUCUUCUUUUUAUUCUCACUCGGUGCACACGGCUUGUGCAGUUCCAAAAAGAGAGUGGUUAUGAGGAAGAGCACAUUCUCAGUCUUCACCAGCUCAGUGAUCUUGGUGUUUACCCUGAACAAAUUUUGGAGGCUGAACAGCAGAGCUUUAGUGGCCAACUGGGUGGUAAGGAUGCAAAUGAGAACCACAUGAAUAAGUCCCAUGAGCAGGAAAAAGUUAGUGCUGCUGAUGAUGUGGAGGUUGACACUGCCAAAAGCGUUGAAUCUACAGGCAGCUAUAGGAUGUCAUCUUGGAAAAAACUUCCAUCUGCUGCUGAGAAGAAUCAGAAAGGCCAUGAUGCUGCUGAUACACUGCCAAACGACAAAUCAGACCGUUUGCAUGCCAAAGAUGACACAAAAACUUGUGGGGACUAUAGUAGUGACAAUGUUGAUACUCCAUCAUGCCAACCUGAACCCCCAGAGGUGUCUGCAAGUGCACAAAGAAUCUCUUGGGGAUUAUGGAUGGACCAGCAGAAUGUUUCAUACGAGAAUUUGAUGAUCUGUCGCAUAUGUGAGGUUGAAAUACCAACUGUACAUGUAGAGGAGCACUCCCGAAUAUGUACGAUUGCUGACAGGUGUGACUUGAAGGGUUUAACUGUGAAUGAUCGACUUGAAAGAGUUGCUGAAGCUCUGGGAAGGAUAAUGGAAUCUUGGACACUAAAAGGCACUGAUAUUCGAGGAGGUUUUGAUGUUUCAGGAGUAUAUACAACAAGGAUGCAUGAAGAUUUAGAUGAGUUGUCACCACCAAAACGAAAUGACUUGUCUCCUCGUUUCUCUGAAGGCAUUCUUGAUUGCGUUCCUGAUGCUGACAAUUCUUUUGUCAUGGAAGAUCUGAAUGUUUUGCCUGACAUGCCAUGUGACAUGCGUUCUUCUUUGACACCUGAACAAGGCACCAGAACCUCGUCGGCAGGAAGCUCGACACCAAGAUCACCACUAUUAACACCAAGAACCAGUCAGAUUGAAAUGCUGUUGAGUGGAUGGAGAGCAAUACCAGAACUUGAGAGUUAUCAGCAGAUUCAUAAGCUACUGGAUAUCGCCCGUUCCAUCGCAAAUGUUAGCAAUUGUGAAUACAGUGCAUUGGAGUACAUGCUUGAACGACUGGAAGACCUAAAAUAUGCCAUCCAGGAUAGGAAGGUCGAUGCCCUUGUUGUGGAGACUUUUGGAAGGCGUAUAGAAAAAUUAUUGCAGGAAAAAUAUGUACAUCUUUGUGGGCAGAUAGAAGAUGAGAAAGUGGAUUCAUCAAAUGGUAUGGCUGACGAAGAAAGUUCAGUUGAAGAUGAAGCAGUUCGUAGUCUGCGUGCCAGCCCCAUCAAUCCGUGUUCAAAGGAUCGAACAUCUAUUGAAGAUUUUGAAAUAAUAAAACCAAUAAGCAGGGGUGCAUUUGGGCGAGUUUUUCUUGCCAGAAAAAGAGCGACUGGUGACUUAUUUGCUAUAAAGGUAUUAAAGAAGGCUGAUAUGAUUCGUAAAAAUGCCGUUGAAAGUAUUUUGGAGGAGCGUAACAUCCUUAUAUUGGUUCGCAAUCCUUUUGUGGUCCGAUUUUUCUAUUCAUUCACAUGCAGGGAAAACCUGUAUCUGGUCAUGGAAUACUUAAAUGGUGGAGAUCUGUACUCUUUACUACGAAAUCUAGGCUGCUUAGAUGAAGAUAUGGCCAAAGUAUAUAUUGCAGAAGUUGUUCUUGCUUUGGAGUAUUUGCAUUCAUUAAAUGUUGUCCAUAGAGACUUGAAGCCAGACAACCUGUUGAUUGGUCAAGAUGGUCACCUCAAGUUGACAGAUUUUGGGCUCUCCAAGGUUGGUCUAAUCAGCAGCACUGAUGACUUAUCAGGUCCAUCAGUUAGUGAUACUGGUUUUCUUCGAGAUGAUGAACCAAAAACUCAGCCUUCAUCAGAAAGGACACAGCGCCAGAAACAUUCAGUUGUUGGCACCCCUGAUUAUUUGGCACCUGAAAUACUUCUUGGCAUGGGGCAUAGUGCAACUGCUGAUUGGUGGUCUGUGGGCGUUAUUCUUUUUGAGCUGCUUGUUGGUCUUCCACCAUUCAAUGCAGAACAUCCACAGCAAAUUUUCAACAAUAUAAUAAACAGAGAUAUUCCCUGGCCUAAGGUACCUGAGGAGAUGAGCUAUGAAGCAUAUGAUUUGAUUGACAAAUUGAUGACCGAAAACCCAGUUCAAAGACUUGGAGCAACAGGUUCCAGGGAGGUGAAGCAACAUAUUUUCUUCAAGGAUAUUAACUGGGAUACACUUGCGAGGCAGAAGGCAAUGUUCAUACCAUCAACAGAUGUACAUGAUACAAGUUAUUUCAUGAGCCGGUACAUAUGGAAUCCAGAAGAUGAGCAUGUUAAUGGUGCCAGCGAUUUUGAUGAAAUGACUGAAACAUGCAGCAGCGGUUCAUGUAGCAAUAUACAAGACGAAGAUGGGGAUGAAUUUGGCAGUUUGGCGGAAUUUAGUGCUCCAACCCUUGAUGUGCAGUACUCAUUUAGUAAUUUUUCAUUUAAGAACUUGUCGCAGCUAGCUUCUAUCAAUUAUGAUCUUCUCGUGAAGAGCGCCACCAAGGAGUCCCCAGAUGCCUAA